CACGGACACGCGCGCGCGCCCAAGCUGCCACCGACAGCGUGUCAGCGUGUCAGCGUGCGGGCGUCCUUUCUCACAGUAGAUCCACAGUGGAAAGCGAUCCGAGCGGCAGCCUGGGAACUAGUAAACAAAAACAAGCAAGCGGCGCGUAAAGGCUGUGCGCUGGCUGGCUGGCUGGCUGCGCCGGGUGGUGCGCGACCAAGCGGUUACCAGAGGAGCCCCGCUCCAUUUAUUCCUUGAUUAUUGCACGACAAGACCGGGAUAUCCUAAUUGGACAUGUGAGUUGCGGGAGUUUAACAAGAAUAAUCAGCCGUCUUUCCAAGAUGAAGUUCCUCGCCUGCGCCCUCGCUACUUUGCUGCUCAUCCGAUCCAGCGCAGCGCAGUCAGUUUGUCCUGGGACAGAGAACAAGCUGAGCACCCUCUCCGAUCUGGAUCAGCAGUACCGCACCCUGAAGAAGGUCUACGAGAACUGCGAAGUCGUCAUGGGCAAUCUGGAGAUAACCAGCAUCGAUCGCAACCGGAACCUCUCUUUCCUCAAGUCCAUCAGAGAGGUGACUGGUUACGUGCUGGUGGCUCUCAACCAGUUUGACUACCUCCCGCUGGAAAAUCUACGGAUCAUCAGAGGCACCAAGCUGUACGAAGGCCGCUAUUCGCUUGCCAUCUUCCUCAACUACAGGCGGGAUGGAUACUACGGAUUGAGGCAGCUGGGCCUUCGGAACCUAACAGAGAUCCUGAACGGAGGCGUUUACGUGGACCAGAACAAAUUCCUGUGCCAUGCGGACACCAUCCAUUGGCGUGACAUCAUCAAGAACCCCCAAGCGGAGCUCCUGGUGGUUCCAUCCAACAAUAGCAAUCUGGGAUGCAGACGCUGUCAUCGCUCUUGUAACGGACGGUGUUGGGGUCACCAGGAAGAGCAGUGCCAAACUUUGACGAAGACGGUGUGCGCAGAGCAGUGUGACGGUCGCUGCUUCGGGCCGUACGUCAGCGACUGCUGCCACCGCGAGUGCGCCGGCGGCUGUUCGGGACCCAAGGACACAGACUGCUUCGCUUGCACCAAUUUCAACGACAGCGGCGCAUGUGUGACCCAGUGCCCUCAGCCUUUUGUGUAUAAUCCCACAGCUUUCCAGCUGGAACACAAUCCAAGAGCCAAGUAUACCUACGGUGCAUUUUGUGUCAAGAAAUGCCCGCAUAACUUUGUGGUGGACCAUAACUCCUGUGUCCGAGCGUGUCCUAGCAACAAGAUGGAAGUGGAGGAGAACCGCAUCAAAAAGUGCAUUCCCUGCACAGACAUCUGCCCCAAAGUGUGCGACGGAAUUGGGACGGGCGUCCUGCAGAGCCAUCAAACAGUGGAUGCCAGCAAUAUUGAUAAAUUUGUCAACUGCACUAAAAUCAAUGGCAACCUCAUCUUCCUAAUCACCGGCAUUAAAGGGGACAAGUAUCACGGUAUUGGACCGCUGGAUCCUGAACGCCUCAACAUCUUCCGCACUGUCAAAGAGAUCACAGGUUUCCUCAACAUUCAAUCGUGGCCCGAGAACAUGACCGAUCUGAGUGUUUUUUCCAACCUGGUGACCAUCGGCGGGAGAUCCCUUUACAGCGGAACCGGCAUCUCCCUGCUGAUUUUGAAACAACGUUGGAUCUCCUCACUGCAAUUCCAGUCGCUGGAUGAGAUCAGCGCCGGCAUCGUCUAUAUUUCCAACAACAGCCGUCUGUGCUUCUACGAUACGGUCAACUGGACUUCGCUGUUCCGGACGCCGACCCAGAAAGCGGUCAUCCACAAUAACCGUGACCCCAAAGAAUGCACCCAGCAGCGCAUGGUGUGCGACGCGAUGUGCUCCGACGAAGGCUGCUGGGGCCCGGGGCCGGACCAGUGUCUCUCCUGCCGCUACUUCCGACGGGGCCGCACCUGCGUCCGGUCCUGCAAUCUUUUUUUUGGGGAACGGCGGGAAUUUGCCAAUGGUUCCGUGUGUUUGGAGUGUGAUAGCCAGUGCCAGAGGAUGGACGGUAACGCCAUGACGUGUCUGGGACAGGGACCCGACCAGUGUGUGAACUGCCUCCACUUCAAAGACGGGCCCAACUGUGUGGAGAAAUGCCCCGACGGCCUGCAGGGGGCCAAUAGUUUCAUCUUUAAGUACGCCAAGGCCAACAACGAGUGUCAUCCCUGCCACGCCAACUGCACCCAGGGGUGUGUCGGGCCCAGACUGCCAGAUUGUGUCGGGAUGAUGGACAGGACGCCCCUCAUCGCCACCGGAAUCAUCGGCGGCCUCUUCGUCAUCGUCAUUGUGGCGCUCAGUGUUGCCGUCUAUGUUCGGCGAAAAAGCAUCAAGAAGAAGAGGGCCUUGCGUCGCUUCUUGGAGACAGAGCUGGUGGAGCCCCUGACCCCCAGCGGAACAGCCCCCAACCAAGCUCAGCUGCGCAUCCUCAAGGAGACGGAGUUGAAGAGAGUCAAAAUUUUGGGCUCGGGGGCUUUUGGGACGGUCUACAAGGGCAUCUGGGUACCAGAAGGUGAGACGGUGAAGAUCCCAGUGGCCAUUAAAAUCCUAAACGAGACCACCGGCCCCAAAGCCAAUGUGGCGUUCAUGGACGAGGCGCUGAUCAUGGCCAGCAUGGAGCACCCCCACCUGGUGCGUCUACUGGGAGUGUGCCUGAGCCCGACCAUCCAGCUGGUCACCCAACUCAUGCUGCACGGCUGCCUCCUCGACUACGUGCACGAGCACAAGGACAACAUCGGCUCGCAGCUGCUGCUCAACUGGUGCGUCCAAAUCGCCAAGGGAAUGAUGUACCUGGAAGAAAGGAGACUGGUCCACAGGGACUUGGCUGCCCGCAACGUCCUUGUGAAGUCCCCCAAUCACAUCAAGAUCACCGAUUUCGGCCUAGCGCGGCUGCUGGAUGCGGACGAGAAGGAGUACAACGCAGACGGGGGCAAGGUCAGCAUGCCUGUUAAAUGGAUGGCUCUUGAGUGCAUCCACUACAGGAAGUUCACUCAUCAGAGCGAUGUGUGGAGUUACGGAGUGACCAUCUGGGAGCUAAUGACGUUUGGAGGCAAACCGUACGACGGCAUAUCAACGAGGGAGAUCCCGGACAUCUUGGAGAAAGGAGAGCGCCUGCCCCAGCCGCCUAUUUGCACCAUAGAUGUCUACAUGGUUAUGGUCAAAUGCUGGAUGAUUGACGCCGACAGUCGGCCCAAAUUCAAGGAGCUUGCCGCAGAGUUCUGCAGGAUGGCGCGGGACCCGCAACGAUACCUGGUCAUUCAAGGAGACGAUCGGAUGAAACUGCCCAGCCCCAACGAUAGCAAGUUCUUCCAGAGCCUCCUGGAUGAGGAGGAUCUGGAUGACCUGAUGGAUGCUGAGGAAUAUCUGGUGCCUCGUGGUUUUGACGUAGCUCAUCCGUCAUACCCGACGAGACCUUGUGUUGACUCCAACAGAAACAAGUUCGGCUAUAGGGAAGGAGUGCCAAAACUCUCCGACGGACCCCAGACGGUGGCCCAGGCACCCGGUGUCAAACAAGAAGCCACUGGAAGCCAAGGGUCGGCCAUGGAGGACCAGCGUUGUAACGGGAAUUUGCAUAAGAAGAAUCUGAAGCAAGCUGGAGCUGAAGACAGCGGCGGGCAGAGGUACAGCGCUGAUCCCACCAUCUUCCUCGGGGAUAGGGUUCCCAGGGACGAAGAUGAGGACGGAUACAUGACCCCCAUGAAAGACAAGAACUCUUCAGAAUACCUGAAUCCCAUCGAGGAAAACCCCUUUGUGUCGCGGCAUAAAAACGGGGAGAUCCACGCCUUGGACAACCCGGGCUACCACACCACACCAAGCAGUCAGCCCAAAGGAGAGGACGAGUACAUCAACGAGCCCCUCUACUUCAAUACCUUUCAAAGCGCGGCCGAGACCCUGCGAAGAAACGGCCUGCCUCUUCCCUCCCAGACUCCCUCUUCCACCUCAGGGUCCCACCUCCCCCUUAGCAUCCAGACCAGCCUGCCCCACUACCCUCUCCCCGCAGCUCAGCCAUCUCCAUCUGCUAUGUCCUGCCACCACGGUACACUGACCCACAUCCUCCACGCCCACCACGCCGUCAAACCCGCUAGCCUUCCCGUUUCCACCGGGCAGAGCCAAACAGGAACUACUGCCCUGGCUUCGGUGUGCCAGUCAGGUGUCCCGGCCCCCGACGGCCACGGCGGUCUGCCAGCCUACCAGGGCCACGCCGCCUCGCAGCCUGCCAGCCUGCUGAAGCUCGGCGGACAGACGGCAGGUAAAGCCGCUGGGAAGAAGCUGAAGGUAACCUUUGACAAUCCGGAAUACUGGCAGCACAGCCUGCCGCCCAAACCGUCCGACGGCGCCAAGAGCGCCGCCGCUAACGCGAAGCUGUACUACAAGCAGAACGGACACAUACGACCAGCAGUAGCCGAAAACCCCGAAUACCUGUCUGAGUUUUCCCUGAAAUCGGGCCCGGUUCUGCCGCCGCCUCCCUACCGCCAAAGGAACACCGUGGUUUGAAAACUCCCCAAACGCUAAUGGCACAAACUCCGCCUCCUCCCCAAUCCAUUCAAGACUGUAGCAACAAGCGGUCCUCACCGAGCAGACCCAGAUAAGGACGGGGAGAUACGGACUGCCAUCUUUGACACGUUUGUGGAGGAAGUGCCGCACGGCGGCGGGAGUUCUGGUCAACUGCUGUCUCAACCCACUGCCAGCAAUUCUGCUGUGAUCGUUCCAAAAGCGGAACUACGCUUUGUUUGAUUUUGUUCCCCCCCCAAUGCAUAGCGAUAUUUAUUCACGCAAACGUGUUUCACACUCACUAAGCUACGAAAGACUCGGAACAAGCGUUUACUUUGCUAGAAGUACGAGAGAGGACAAACAGGAAGGGAAUCAGUCUGAAAGCUGAUUGGUCAUAUUUGUAGGUGUCCAAUCGAACGAGACCUGCAAAGAAGUCCGAUUAUCUUAAAUCUGUGCCGGCCAAAGCUGUGUCGUGGAAAUUCAAGGACCAUGUGAAUUUAGACAAAAGGUGUACAUAACAAAAGAAAGUAGUGGAUUAUAUUUUAGAAUCUGUAAAGACAAGACAGUCGACAACGCUGGAAUACUGCAGUAUAUUUUUACACAGAAACAUUCUAGGAUGCCAUUAUUUGUGAGAAUAUAUUUCCAUAAAUCGUUAGCCCCUUUUUUUGGCCAUGAAAUAAUAUUUGGUACCUUAACUCAUUCACUGCCAUUGACGCCUAUAGACGUCAAAGCUCGAUUUCAACUGAGCUAGCGGUGAAUGAGUUCAUUUGGUAUUCAAAAGGGGCGUGGCCUUGCUUAAAGGUAAUUGAACAGCUUUUGUUUUUUUUUAGCCAGACUGAAAUAUUUGAAAAUAAAUACAGAUAUACGUCAAUGUUGACAAAUAUAACACGGGUCACAAAAAGUUCACAAAUUCUCCGAGGUUCGGAAAGUAUUUCAAGUUCGGAGGGUCGAGGUGUCAUCGUCAAAAUGACAAAACACACGUUUGUCACUUUGAUGGUUUGAAUUUUGGAAUUUCCAAAACGUUCUUGUCUACCAAAACAUUUCAUUUUUUAUCCAUUUACGGUUAAAAAAGAAAAUCAUUCUGUCGACGCCAUUAAUGAUUCUUUCUUCUGCCAAGUCGUCAAGCUUGCCAAGUUCCUUUCCCUUUUCGAGGAUCCCCCUUUGUCACCGAAUCAGCUCAUCAACUGGAGCUCCCGACUGUGUCUUCUGUUUUUCCUAAGGUUGUUUAUUUAGUGUGUGUUUUGAAAGUACAUACUCAAAUCCAAAACCUCCCUAUGAAACUCUUUAAUCAAAGGAUGCUUCUUCCAGAAAUAUCCAACUUGUUUAUCUGCUCGUUCACCACUUCAGAGCGUUAGCAAGGAUCAGUGGCACUGCGUCAUCGGCCAAGAGUUCAUGAAGGAAACUGAUCGGUUUCAAGAAUCUUCGUGUGUUUGUUCGCAACAGUAGUCGUAAUCUUUCUCUGAUGGCACCAUGAUUAUUUAAUGAAGGAGUAUUUUGUAAUCCCGUUUGGAGCUGCAACUCAACUGAACCGGAGACUCUAUUUAAUGUCGAGUGUGAAAUAUUUAUAGCACGUUUGAGCUUGUUUAUGAUACGGAAGGCACUGCCAAAUGUGGGUUUCAAGGAAAACGGGAAAAAAAAAGGGACGACGGUGAUUUGAAGCAGGCAUGUUUGUGCUCCAAGUGAUUGCGCAAUCUCGGUGCAGACGUCGCUGGUCUCACGUACAUCCUCCCUCCCGGCAGUCUGGAAAACUUUUUUUCAAAUUAGCGUAACUCCUCGUGGAAGCAAUAAUUUCCUCUUGGCUGAGCCACAUUGUGCUGCCGUCCUUCUCUGUUUUGUUUACGUCCCCUUUUGGCGUUUCCUAUAUGUUAUGUGACGGGUGUCAAACUCAGGGCCCGGGGGCCAGAUACGGCCCGCCACAUCAUUUGAUGUGGACCGCAAAGACAAAUUGUGCAUCAAAUUACUAGAAUUGUCUUCACUUUUAAUAUCUUCUUUUUUUUUUUUUUUUAUUUGACCAUUUUUUACUCGUCUGAUUUGAAAACGAGUUAUUUGUCAGUUUGUUUUGUAGCUUUUACUGUGUAUAAUAUGAGGUGCUCAUACAUUUACCGUUUUUUCCCAUGUAUAAUGCACCCCCAUGUAUAAUACGCACCCUAAAAAUGGCAUGUUGAUGCUGGAAAAAAGCCUGUACCAUGUAUAAUACGCACCCAAAUUAAGUCCGUUAACGUAAAAUGAUUUCAGAAAAAAGAUCAUCUUUGGGAACAAGCGGAUGUUAUUCUGCCGGUCAGUAUCACUGCGCAUGCGCUAGCAAACCCAAUAGCGAAGAAAUGUUUCGGAUUUGUGUAGGGUACAUUGUGACAGCAAACGAGCAGGUGAUCGAGCAAGCCUUGUCUGAUACGAGAGCAUUGUGUUCGUAUGGAGCGUGGUUGAAGUGAACAGCAGAGAAGAAAGCGCAUCUGUAAUGGCGGCCUCCGUAUCAUAUCCGGAUAAAAAAAUAAAAAUUAAAAAAAAUAAAAAUUAAAAAAAAUAAUUUUACCCAUGUAUAAUGCGCACCCCAGAUUUUAGGACAAUAAAUUAGUUACAUUUUGCACAUUAUACAUGGAAAAAAACGGUAUUUGGGUUGACAGUUAUAACGGCCCUCCGAAAGAAACUAUGACUACAAUGCGGCCCGCCAAAAAAUGAGUUUGACACCCUUGUGUAGUGUGAUCUCCUUCCAUGUUUCCUUUCACGCCGUGUGAUGGUCAUCCAUGUUUGUGAGCAUCUUGUCUUGUUGUAUGUGGCAUGUCUCCUUCGCGUCAUGUGACCGCCUUUCAUGGAAGCAAAUGCGAGCCUCUUCCCAACGUCCUUUACAUCACAUUUUUGCGAACAGUAUUGCUUCUCUCCUUCUUUAGAUGCCAAGGUGUUCCGCCAUGUGCCAACAUCAAGUAUCUUUGAUGACGUUAUUGAGCCAUGACGUGGUUUUUUUUUUAUGACGUUAUUGACCCAUGACUUGUUUUUUGUUGAAAUCACAAGCACAAAGUAAAAAUCCCAAUUUCGUACACUGUACUGUAUCAUUUUAUUCCUCUGUUGUUUGGGGUGUUUUGAAUUUCCCGAAGAUAUUCUUUCCCGAUUGCUAAGUAUUUAAAUUCUUGUUGUUGUUUGAACAGUAAUUGCACAAAUCACUGCUGUCAAGUUAAUUUCCCGGGUUAAAAAAUAGAACUGUACAGAAUCCAACGCACUUCAAAUGUGAAUAAUAUUUUUAUAAAAGCACUGAAAUAAUAAUGGACAAUGGGGAAAUUGUAAAUAGACAGGUGUUGCUUUGGAGUUUCCUCCUUCUGCGUUUUUCCAAAAAAGCCGAACAUUUGCUUUGUGUGAUUUUACUUUUUGACAAAUGGGGGGGGUUAUAUUUAACGUGCUUGUUAACCCUUUCCUGCGAGCGGAAUUUCUCCCGCAAGUGGCCCUCUCAAUCGUUUCUGAGCCAAGUCGCACAUGGUCGUCCUCUUUUUGGCCGGCGCGGCCCGUGUUUUCGUCUUCUGCAUGCUUCGAGUGGGGGCCCGCCUUGGCCCGGUAACUUUGCUUUGUCCCUUUAUCCGCUCUGUGUUCUUUGCAGAUCAUACCCAAAGCUUUGUAUCAUAAAUGUACCGUUCCUCAUGUUUGCUACAUGAAUCUGUCAAAAGUCUAUUUUUAAUUUAAUAUAAAUAAAGAUGGAUUCCGUAA